AUGUUGUUGAUCAAAGCUAUAAUUUUCAUAACUUCAAUAGAUGGAAUAUUAGCAGCAGCAAUAAGUUGCCGAAAUGCUAAAGGUCGAGCAGUAGACUGGUUUAUUGGGUAUAAACUACCAAAAGUUGGUGAUACCAAAUAUCAAGGAACUGAUUUUUUGUACGCUGAUGCCGCAAAACCGACAUGGUCCGAACCAGAAGAUAUUUCUUCACCAAACAGUGCUAUUGUAGACAGUUCUUUGCAGGAUGUGUUCUAUAUCAUGUACAAUGAUGCACAUCCUGGCAAUAAAUCAGAUUCACACCGAGGGCAUACGAAAGGUGCAGCUUUUUUUGACGGAAACACUGGUUUUUGGUUGAUUCAUAGUGUUCCCAAAUUCCCCAAUCCAGACAAAUACGAUUAUCCAGAUUCUGGAUACAACAACGGGCAGUCUUUCUUAUGUAUUACUUUGAGAACCGAAUCACUGACAAACUUAGCCGAAUAUUUCAAAUAUACUACACCGUCAAUCUACAACUCUCAAUUGCCAUCACAAAUGGCUGCUGAGUAUCCAGGAAUGGCUAAUGUAAUUGCAAGGAAACCUCUUUCAAAAGCAAUAAAAGUUUAUUCGACUGUUCAACAACUGCAAUCUGUUAAUGGAUUUCCAUUCACAGCAUUUGGCAAACAUAAGAAAUUCAAUGCAGGUAAAAAUUUGUAUGCCAAACUACUUGCACCUCACACCUCAUGCUCAUUUUAUACCGAAACCUGGCCUAAUGGAGCUACAAACUAUCCAUCUACGUGUAACACUGGAAAUAAAAAUAUAUAUAAUAUAGACACCAUCAAAAUCAAGGAUCUAAAAUUCACGACCACGAAAGAUCACUCAAAAUGGGCCGUUGCUGAUCUGGUUGAAUGUGGUUAUGUGUGUGUUGGUGAUAUUAAUAGACAGAUUUCUCAAAACAGACGUGGCGGUGGUACUGUGUGCUUCCAAAAUGUAAAAAUAUGGAAUUUGUACAGAAAGCUGAUAAAUAAAGUUGAACCCUGUCCUUGCCUCUCAACGUUUCAAACAUUUGCUGUGAGGAAAACCGAAGAAGAGUAG